UGCAUUGCAUUUUAAAAACAUAAACAGACACACAUAUAAGUAAGAUUUUUUUUUUUUUUUGAGAAGGGGCGCGUCCAGUGCUCUGUUUUGUUUAUUUUCCAGAGGAAAAACGAACUCCCAACAAACAAAUGAAGCCAAUUAUAUCCUCCAAUCACUGUGCCUUAAUCUCCACUCUUCAUCUCCCUCAACCCUCCUGAAGAUGACAAGCCCUAUCUCACCUAACUGAUCGUCAGAUUUUCAGUCAUCUUCUCAUCUCAGAUGACAGACAUGUCUGAGCUCAAUCACCAACAACAGCAGAGGCUGUGGCUGUGGCUGUGGCUAUGAAGAUGAUGAGGUUCCUCCACGGAAGAGAGACACCAGAGAAGAGCAGGAGGAAAAAGAAGAGGAACAGCAAAAACAACCUCGGCCCCUGUUCCUACGGGGCCUGCAAAUGGCUUCUCUGCUCAGCCCUCUGCCUCUACUUCCUCGCACCUCACUUGAUUAGAUUCAAUCCCACCGCCUCUCUUCACAGACCCCACGUCCUCAAUUCCAUCUCCUCCCAGUCCUCCCGCGCCCUCACUGAACAACCCAUAACCAAUCGAGGGCUGAGGGAUUUGAAGAUUUACGUGUACGAGCUGCCCCCAAAGUACAACUCCGAUUGGCUCUCCGAUGAACGAUGCAGCCGCCACCUGUUCGCAGCCGAGGUGGCUAUCCACCAUGCUUUGAUGACCAGCGAAUUCCGGACGUUGGACCCCUAUGAGGCGGAUUUCUUCUUCGUACCAGUCUAUGUGUCCUGCAACUUCAGCACCGUUAACGGCUUCCCUGCGAUCGGCCAUGCUCGGUCUCUGCUCUCCUCGGCCGUGCAGCUCGUGUCAUCCGAGCAUCCCUUCUGGAACCGGUCCUGGGGCUCCGACCACGUGUUCGUCACGUCCCACGAUUACGGAGCUUGUUUCCACGCUAUGGAGGAGAGGGCGAUUGAAGAUGGGAUACCGGAGUUCUUGAAGAACUCGAUUGUAUUGCAGACGUUCGGGGUGAACUAUAACCACCCGUGUCAGGAUGUCGAGAACGUGGUCAUCCCGCCGUACAUCCCUCCGGAAAGUCUACAGAAGACCCCGGAGGAGGCGGCUCCAGUGGCCGCCAAGCGAGACAUCUGGGUGUUCUUUCGGGGCAAGAUGGAAGUCCACCCCAAGAACUUCAGCGGUCGAUAUUACAGCAAGGCAGUAAGGUCGGUGAUAUGGCACAAGUUCGGCGGCGACCGGAGGUUUUACCUGAAACGGCACAGGUUUGCCGGCUACCAGCUGGAAAUUGCGCGGUCCGUAUUCUGCCUGUGCCCGCUCGGGUGGGCGCCGUGGAGCCCGAGGCUGGUGGAGUCUGUGGCUCUAGGCUGCGUGCCGGUCAUCAUAGCCAAUGGGAUCCGGCUGCCCUUCCCUGAAGCCGUGCCAUGGCCAGAGAUUUCCCUCAGGGUGGCGGAGGCCGACGUGGCGAAGCUCGGGGAGAUACUCGACCACGUGACGUCUACGAACCUCACCGCGAUUCAGCGGAGACUGUGGGACCCGAAUAUCAGGCGGGCAUUGCUGUUCAAUGGUCAGGUGCAGGAGGGGGACGCAACGUGGCAGAUCCUGCGGUCCUUGGCCCAGAAGCUGGACCGGUCGUACAGAGGAUCCGAGGUUUCUACCCAAUGAUAAGAAGCCACGUAGCAUGGGGUGGCAAAUGCUCAUCUCAGAUGCCAGCUCAGUGACAGAGCAGAUAGUGCAUGACAACUGGACUCUUUGGACCGGAUUGCGGCGUGAGACAGAUGGUGGGACCAGUGUUUAACUUCUUAUAAAAUUCUGCAGCCGCUGCUGUGGGGCCAGCUCGAGGCGAAAUCGAGCGUAAGCAUGUUGGAGAUUGAGAAAAUUUUUACCCGCUGACCCCGUCGGGAUAAAUUUGGUCUAUUAAUUGAGCGAGCAAGUUGAAUUUUAGCUAUUACCAUAGGGCGCAUGGGCUGCGAUGUUAUACAAUUAGUGAUUGUUUUGGGGCAAGGGAUGCAAAUAUCAAUCGAUUGUAUAUAUUAUAUCAAUGUAAUUAUGAAAGAGAGAAUUCUCUUUUUGGGCGGAGAAUAAAUGAUAUUAAUAAUCUUUUGAACA